AUGGACUAUUCUCUCUCUCUCUCUCAGAAGGUGAUUUGUCUCUCUCAGCAGGUGAUUUGUCUCUCUCUCGCUCUCUCUCUCUCUCUCUCAGCAGGUGAUUUGUCUCUCUCUCUCUCUCUCUUUCUCUCAGCAGGUGAUUUGUCUCUCUCCAGUUCCUCUGCAGCACAGCCCACUAAAUCUCCCUAAAAGUAGAACAUACUCUGAAACCAUACACACAGGCACUAUGCUAUCCCUAUGAGCAAAAUAUGUAUUUUUGGUUGAAAAUACAUAUUUCCAACGUCUUGUUCUCACUGUGAUGCAGCCAGCAUGCACAACAAGGACCUGGGAAGGCCUAUUAGACCUAUUAGGAGCGAUCAUGGUCAAACACUUAUUUUUAUACACAGAUUCAUGUUACUACAAACUGCGUCCCCAAUUAUCUGAUGUUGUAAUGGGUACAACAAGCCAUUACUGAAUAACUAGCAUUCAUACAACCCAGUCCUUCCACUAACGUGACAUCUUACUACCAAGAUACUACCAUGCACCCUAGCUGCCAAUGUAGUCCCCUGUCCCUGCCUCACCCGUGGCCCCCUCUCCACAAUCCCCAAUCAGACGUCAUGAUGAUGCAAUUCCCUCUAUCCAGCAACUGCCAAGUCACUCCAUCCAACUAGCACCAACAAACAUAGGCAGAGGAGAUUAAACUAAUCUGGGACAGAGGGUCUGUGUAUGCACAGGGAAGGAUGGAUGCAGGGAUGGAUGGUUAUUUUCAUAAGGGAUUGAGAGCAGGCUUUCAGGACUGUUUAAGUGAAGAGAAGUGAGGGAGGGAGGGAGGGAGGGGGGGGUGAGAUUAUAUCUGAGAUGGGAGAGAGACCCUGAAAUACUAUAAUGCAUCCUGAAUUAUCCUAUCAAGAGCCUUGUUUAGUGUGUGUGUGUGUGUGUGUGUGUGCGCGACUGCGUGCGUGUGUCUGUGCACCAGUCUUUCAUAACAGGACAGGAUCCGCAUUAUGUAUCCCUCUGGUUUGCUUGGCUCACACACUAAGUCACGGAUGGACACGUUGUUGUUGAUGGUGGCAGUGUCCACCCACUGGGCACAGACGUCAAUUCAACGUCUAGUCCCAUGUUGGUUCAACCUAAUUUCAUUUAAAUUACGUGGAAACAACGUUAAUUCAACCAGUGUGUGCCCAGUGGGCGGUGUGUGUGUGUAUGCAUGCUUUUGAACUCUUGGCAACCUGUCCGUGGUUUAGAUGAGAAAUGCUACUUUGAACUCUGUUGCGCUACCAACCAGUGGUGGCUUCCCAAACAUUAAGCUAGCUACAGGAUGCCAGGGUUUGAGUAAGGGAAAUUGGAAUUAGAAUUGACAUGGAAUUGACCCCAACCUUGCAGCAUGUGCACCGCAAAACCCACCAACCAACCCCAGUUAAUCCUAAUAUCACUCACUCCCAAAACCCACCAACCAACCCCAGUUAAUCCUAAUAUCACUCAUUCCCAAAGCCACACAAGCCCUCAUUUGGCCUCUAGCCAGCCAAAGCCUCAACAAUCAGCAAAAUCCAUCCAAUGGGAAUCAAUAAGGCCUUCGUCCCUGAACGUCUACUUCCUCUGCUCAGAUACGCACUAUAAAAAACCUCUCACUCCCCCUCUCCCUCGUGAACAUUAAUGUAAGAGAAGUAGCGGUAGCAGCAGUCGGUAGAUCGUUGCUGAUGUCAUGCAGAUCCGGAGAUAAAAGCAUGUGGCUGAGUGAGCACCUUACCCCCCCCGCCUCUACCAUUUCCACCCACCCACUCGUGCUCGGUUAAUUGCCACUACUCAUCCAAGGUAGAGGCUUUUAAAAACUGUUAUUUAAAGUAGCACUCUCGCUCCCACCACCACUACCGCUACGAACCAAUACUGCAUGUACCUCCACCCCAGAACGAUCGCUCUCUCGCUCUGUCUGUUAUUUUCCACCUAGCCUGGCAUGACUGGAAGCAUCAAAACCCUGGUCAAUAAUUGUCUAGACAACUAUGAUGGCAGCAAAUGGAACAAACAAUGGAAAGCAUCCAUUAGAUACCUAAGGUCAAAAUAACCAUGGCUACCGCUUCGUCUGUCUCAUGUAUACAACAGUAGCCUCAGAAUACUUGUUUGAAAUGUUUAGAAAAGUAAUUGAAAUACCUGAAAUAGUAUUUCAAACCCAGGUCUGAGUAGCUUAUGUAGUAGUGUGUGUUUAACGUACAACAGCAGCUAACAGGAUGUCGGUCUCUGAACGUUGUCCUAGAUCGGGGCCCAUAUUAACAAAGCGUCUCAGAAUGAUGAUCUAGGAUCAGUUUCGCCUUUUAGAUAAUAAUGAAUACGAUUAUAUGGACAGGUGGGGACCUGAUCCUAGAUCAGCCUUUCUACUCUGAGGUGCUUUGUGGAUACGCCCCUUGGGUACUCUGAGCUGAUGGAUGUAUUGAUAAAGGCACACUGGUUGUGAUAGAUUCUAUGGUACGACCCCUCCUCCUCUUCCUGCUUCACUUCUUCUGUUGUUUAGUGCAAUCACUGACAGCAUGGACGUGGACGACAGUAAUUACAUCUCCCAAACACAUCGCCACACCCCACAUCACCACAAGAUCACAGGAAUCUAGAGUGAAGAAACCAUUCAGCCUCGCCAUUCACUUCCUGUCUUGUGUUGCCGUGGUUGGGUGCUGUACAUGUGGUAAAGAGAUCAAUGGAAUGCAGACCACGGGGAAUAGAAAAAGGACAUGGUCAUUGGCGGCCAUUUUUGUUGUGGUUGAUCUAAUAAAGUGGAUAUUCGUCAAAUCCAUCGUGUUCUAACAGGCCCAUAAUAUGGUGACUAAAAUCCGAUUUGGAUAUAUUUGGCUGUUUUUGCUGCAUAUAGAAGUUGUCCUAUUGAGGUUUAGAAACACAAGUCUCCUGUUCGUAUGAGCUGGUAGCAUAGCUAGCCAUAUAGAAAUCGGUCGUGGUAGCUAAAGGUUUUUCCAAGUGUAAUGCAGUUGAUUGGUGACGAUGACAUGAACAUGUAUUGGGGUUGAAAGUAUUAUACUCUGAUUUCUACCCCAACAUAGUGUGAAAUAUGAGAAGGGCUUCCGAAGAAAAUUUUCCAAAAGGACUAAUUCAAGGUAGAAAGGAGUUGGAACACUCAACAAAGAAAGAGGAGAUUGAUUUAUUUUACCAUUGUAUAGGAUGCGAACAGGUGACUGACGUUUCGACAUCAAGCUGACGUCUUCCUCAGAAUGACCUGACCAUUGAACUUAGCUCCUAUUUCUAGCCUAGUGGUUAGAAAUAGGAGCUAAGAGACAACAAAUAGUGUGAAAUAGGCUACACAUAAACAACAUUAAGUAUAUUAACUAGGCUUAUUUUAAACAACAUUAAGUACAUUAACUAGGCUUAUUUUAAACAACAUUAAGUAUACAGAGGGAGAGAGGGAGAACAACACCCCUCCCUCCCUCACUCCCUCCUCCACUUGCCAUCUGAAGUCAAGACUGCGUUGCUAUGGGCAACGAGCCGAGCAGGAGAGAGGAGGAUGGAUUGAUCCCAGCUGGUGGGAGAGAGGGAGGGAGGGAGGGAGGGCGGAGAGGAGAGCGGCUCACACAAUACACACACUGAGCCAACCACGGAGAGGAAAAAGGAUAGAAUCGCUGAAUAUAUUUUAUCCCUCUCUUCCACUUCCUGUUGAAGCAGACUAAGAGCACUGGAGAUAGCAGUCCAGAGGAGGGUAGAGAGGGCCAGCAGAGGGGCAAGCAGCCAAUCGGCAUUCAACAGGAAGCAAGCAACCAAUGAGGGGCGAGUGGACUCCUCCCCAUGAAGCGCUGUGCUGAGCUCCGAUCCCUUAUUAAUGAAUGGAGCGGCUCUGAGGCAGCACGCCGCUCACCGCUCUCCCACAGAGCACUAGAAUCAACAACAGCAGCACAGACAGAUGCCCGCACCCAGCCAUGAAGAAACGCCACAGACAAGCGCAUGCCGCGGACACCACAGACGCCAUGGAUCCCCACCUUCCCCCUCUUGCUCUCCCUUCCCUCCCUUUCUCAGCCUCCGGCACCCUGGCCCUCCCACUCCCAUCGCCCGCCACCCGACGCUCCAUCUCCAUGGGCGACUUUAAGCGGGUGACCACGGCCUUGUACGGCUCGGAGCCCCCCUCAACGGCUACCACAGCCCCCUUCCUCCAAGAUGGUGACCCCCAGCUCUAG